UCCGUUUCUUUUUAGAAAAAUGAAGGCAAAUAUUAUAAGACGGAACCCAGACUCCCACUCUGUAACACAAACCCGAAAUCCUAUCACACUGUCACACAAUACCCAACCUAGUCUCAACUUCGAAAUUAAGAAAUGACCCUCACCCAAACUGCGACCGGGAUCAACCUUGACCCUGAGUUGGAGUUGGGGUGGGAAUGGAAUCUUGGGUAGAGGCCAAGAUUGUCAGGGGUUCGAACCCGAGUCGGGAUUUGAAAGUCAAGUCUCGAAAUCGGGGUCAAGAGUCAAGUCUCAGGUCAUGUAGGGGUCGAGGUCCCGAGUCGAGAUUGUAUCAAAGUAGGUUCAUGGUGAGGAGUCGAGUCCUGGGUCAGGCCGGAAUAAGGAGUCUGGUAUCAGAUCGGGGUUGGGGAUGGGGUCAAAAUUGAGGUUUGAGGAGUCGGGAUCGCAUCCCGGACUGAGGUCGGAAGUUGGGUCCCAAAUUGGUGUUGGUGUCGGGGUCAAGAGUUGAGAGUUGGGUCCUGGGUUGAGGUUGGAGGUAUAUGGUCCUGAUUUAGUAUUAGGAUCAAGGUUAGGAGUUGGGUCUUGGAUCGGGUCCAUAGUCGAGGUCGGAUCCCAGGUUAAGGCAGGAGUUGGAUCUUGAAAUGGGGUUAGGUGUCAUUCCUUGGUCGAGUCGGAUGGUGAGGUCGGAAGAGAGAUUUCAAAAAUUGUUUCCAUAUUUUUUUAUAUAGAAAAAGUUUUUUCUUAUAUUAGAGAAAAAUAAAUUUAUUUGAAAAGUAGUUCCUCUAAAAUGUUUACGUACCACACACAUCCUUUACUUUCGAAAGUCGCAUUUGAUUCUCUCCGUAUAUUUUACAAGUCAAAUUUACACUUAGAUAUUCUAUUAUAAAUAGAGGCUCUAAUAUGUUAAACAACACAAAUCUCUCUAGUUUGAGAAAAUGGCCAAGUCUACUUCUUCAUCCCCAAUAGCCAAAACAUUUUCCUCUUUUUUUCUUUCUUUAUUUUUCUUAUUCAUAAUCUUCUCCUCUUCCACUGCGACGAUCCAAAAUAAUGAUAGAAGGCUUGAAGGUAAGGUAGCAAUAAUAACUGGUGGAGCUAGUGGCAUAGGAGCAGCCACAGCUAGACGUUUUGUUCGACAAGGUGCAAAAGUUGUAAUUUGUGACAUUCAAGACAAUCUUGGAACUUCCGUAGCACAACAAAUUGGCAAUACGCAAACAAUUAUCUAUGUCCAUUGUGAUGUUUCAAUAGAAUCGGACGUUCAAAAUGUUGUUAAUACAACAAUUGCUAAAUUUGGUAAGCUCGACAUAAUGUUUAGUAACGCUGGUGUAAUGGGCAAUCCAUUUACCAGUAUCCAAGACAUUGAUUACAACAUGAUUAAGAAGACAUUCGAUGUAAACGUUGUUGGAGGGUUCUUUUGCGCGAAACAUGCUGCUAGAGUGAUGAUUCCGAAAAAGAAAGGUGUCAUUAUUUUCACUACAAGUAUAGUAUCGACGUUAUAUAGUGAUUUGACUCACAUCUAUACCGCUUCAAAGAAUGCACUUUUGGGACUUACUAAGAAUGUUGGAGUCGAAUUAGCGAAAUACGGAAUAAGAGUUAACAGUGUUUCUCCUUAUGCAAUUAGCACACCAUUGAUGUUAAAUGCAUUUAGAGUAAACAAAGAAAUGGGUGAUAAAUGGUUUGCAGAAGGAGCAAAUUUAAAAGGAGUUCUACUAAGUGUUGAAGAUGUGGCAAAUGGAGUGUUGUAUUUGGCAAGUGAUGAAUCUAAAUAUGCAAGUGGACUUAAUCUUAUACUUGAUGGUGGUUAUACCACUACAAAUAUUGCUUUAGGAGAGGCCUACAAGAGAUUGUUCAUCAACAAAACAAUGUAAUAUUAUUAUAAAAAUAGGAAUAAAUAAAGAUACACCAACUAAUUAUAUAUGGUGAAA